AUGUCCACCGACGCCCCACGGCAGCAACAGCAACAGCAUCAGCAUCAGCAUCGAGCGGAUACUCUCAAACGCAACAACAGCCAGCAAGACGCAAGGCCGCAACUGUGCCAGUGGGGCGGUUGUAACGAGCGCUUCUGGACUGUCGAAGAGCUGGUUGCGCACGUCAAUCACUCGCACCUUGUUCGCAAAAACGCAGAUGCAGAUCCAUCGCAAACGCCCGACACACAGAAGAGCUUCCAUCAGGCGACGGCGCAAGUCAGUCGGGCGCUCGCGCAUCAAGGAGCGCAGCUUUCGACAAAAGAGCAGGAUAGUGCGGGUCUCCUCGAGUGUCUUUGGAAGGAUUGUCAUCAGGUCCCCGUACCCGAAAAGCUCGCGUUGGGCACGUUCACGCCGACCACAGAGGAGGACUUGUGGAAGACGACCAAUGCAACGGCAUCAGCAGGCCAGGACGGUAAGAUCUCGCUCGCCAUCCUGCAGCAUCUGCUGCAUGAUCAUUUGGGCCAGCAAGCUGCGGUACCUCUGUCGCUCAAAGGAGACCAGCCAUUUGCAGCGCCGACGCCUUCUUCGCAUUAUUCCGCUGGCAGCGUUGCCCUCACCAACACGAACGACAAUGCGGCAUCAUCCUGGUGGAGCAAGAAGCGCAAGAACAGCGAGACGGGCAGCUUCAGUGGCGCGGCGUCCUGUAGCGAGAACGACCAACUCUUCUGUCGAUGGGAAGGCUGUUCCGCCUGCUUCGACUCGCACUCUGCGCUCACAGACCAUAUCGAGACUGCGCACGUCGGUUCCGGCAAAGCCGAGUACGAGUGUCGCUGGAUCGGCUGCCCUCGCCAUGCUUCUGGAGCCAAAUUCUCGCAGAAGCAAAAAGUGCUGCGACACAUCCAGACGCACACGGGCGAUCGACCCUUCAAAUGCAACGAGUGCGGCAAACGCUUCAGCGAGCAGAAUACGCUAGCCCAGCACAUCCGAACGCACACGCUCGAACGUCCCUACGUCUGCGACCACCCAGGUUGCGGGAAGUCGUUCAGCGUCGCGGGCUCGUUGACCAUCCACAAGCGGACGCACACCGGAAGCAAGCCGUUCGUGUGCAGCUUCCCAGGAUGCGGCAAGGCAUUCGCCGAGAGCAGCAAUCUGACCAAGCACGUGAGGACGCAUACCGGCGACAAGCCGUUCCGCUGCGACGAGUGCGGCAAGUGCUUCAGUAGGCCGGAUCAGGCGAGUCGGCACAGGAAGACGCACGAGAGGAAGAGGAAGGGUGCGGGAGAGGGCGUGCAGCAGGGGCAUGCCGUGGCUGGCUAG